AUGGCUGGCUCUGGAACCCAGAUAUACAGAGACAUUACUAAGAUGCCAACAUCGGCUGCUGAUCUCUUGAAAGCUUACCAUCUCUUUCUUGCUGCUUGUCCCUUUAGAAAGAUCUCCAAUCUUUUCUCAAACAAGACAAUUAUGAAUGUAGCCAAAAAUGCAACCAGGCUCCACAUUAUUGAUUUUGGUGUUCUUUAUGGUUUCCAGUGGCCUUCCCUCAUUCAACGUCUAUGGUUACAUUCCUUGGAGAGGCGAAUUAUCACAUCACUUAGGCCAUGUUUGUUUCAUGGGUUUAGGUAG